AAAAAGUUGAGGAUUGUCAUUAUCAUUAUUAAAACGUGAAUUUUAAAGUCAUUUUAAUUAAGUUGAAUUAAAAUUAGUGUGAAAUUUUAAGGUGUUAAUCAAAAUGAGUCUUUAUGUGGAUAAAUAUCGUCCUACGUCCCUCCAAAAGCUUGAUUAUCACUUGGCACAAGCUCAGCAUUUAAAAAAUUUGGUUAAUCAAGGAGAUUUUCCACAUUUACUCUUUUUCGGCCCUCCUGGUAGUGGAAAAAAGACUCGGAUUAUGGCUUUGCUUAGAGAACUGUAUGGACCAGGUGUAGAAAGAUUAAGGAUGGAGCAACUAAAUUUUACUACACCUUCAAAUAAAAAAUUGGACAUCAUGACUGUUGCAAGCAACUAUCAUAUUGAAGUUAAUCCUAGCGAUGCUGGAAUUUAUGAUAGAGUAGUAGUCAUGGAUCUGAUUAAAAAUGCUGCCCAAACUCACCAACUUGAUUCUUCAGGACAAAGGGACUUCAAAGUCAUAGUACUAACUGAGGUUGAUCGUUUAACAAAAGAUGCUCAACACGCUUUAAGGCGAACAAUGGAAAAAUAUAUAGCUACUUGCCGAUUAAUUUUAUGCGCAAAUUCUAUUUCACAAGUGAUACCUGCAAUUAAAUCUCGUUGUUUAGCAAUGAGAGUGCCAGCCCCAUCCAUUGAACAAAUUAAAACAAUUCUUCAGCAAGUUAGUAAGAAGGAAGGCCUAAAUUUACCUCCCGAAUUAGCAGAUAGGAUAGCUGUAAAAUCAGACAGAAAUUUGAGAAGAGCUAUUCUAAUGCUUGAAACUUGUAAAGUACAACAAUACCCAUUUACUCCUGAUCAAGAAGUAAUGGAGCCAGACUGGCUAAUGUUUCUACGAGAUACUUGUAAGCAAAUAUUGUCUGAGCAGUCUCCAAAAAAACUAAUCGAUAUCCGUAAUAGAUUUUAUGAGCUUCUUGUUCAUGGUAUCCCGACUGACAUAAUUUUCAAAGUGAUGUUGGAUGAACUUGUCAAAAGUUGUGAUUCUAAUCUAAAAGCUAAAGUUGUUGAUCUCGCUGCACUUUAUGAAUACCAAAUGCACCAAGGAUCAAAAGUGAUAUUUCAUAUUGAAGCCUUUGUGGCUAAUUUUAUGUCUCUAUAUCUGAAUUAUCUUGAAGAAAGUGUAAUGUUGGAGUGAUUUGUCUUUAAU